ACAGAUUUGUUUGUAAUAAGUGCAGAAGUUUUCAGACGUCGCAAUUUGUAUAGUCGUCCGUAACAUUUUAAAAAUUUCUAAGAAGGGAUUAAUGGAACAGUGCUUAGAAAAUGGGAUUAGAUUGGAUAGAUUAUUUGGUAAUAGUAGUCGCUCUCAGUUUGCUAAUUUAUUCUAGCUAUAGAUGUGCCACGAGACUGUCAAAACUACAAUCGAGUAUAUUGCGUGAAAGAUUGGAGCAAGAUAUCCGGGAGAAUCAAUUAAACCGCAGACGUUGCCAACCAAACAACUCACAUGCACCUACAUUAUACACUGUUGCCGCUGUCGUCAUGACUUCAAAUGCAAGCAGUUCAACAAGAAACACAGAAAAUAUGGAGAAUGAUGAAGAACUACCACCAUCGUACGAUGAAGCAAUAUUUUACCCCAUAUCUAAAGCAAUGAUAACAAUGCGCAAAGAAACGGACCCAGUUUGAAACACAUUUUGGGAAAUCCAUUCAGAAACUACACCAUUUCGCAAGCGGUAGAUGUACAUAUGUAAAUAUCCACCCAAUAACUGAAGUUUAUUAACAUGAAAUUUGUUAUAAUUUGUAAUUAUUAAUUAUGGAUAAUGAUUUUUUGAUUUCAUAUAAUAAUUUUGAUUAGAAGCACUGAAAUAAGAUUAUGACUUGAAACAAA